GCUCGGCAGAAGGUUCCAACAUGGCGCGGGGUGACAGACGGGAGCGCGCCAUAACCCAGGAGAGUCACGUGGGCCGCGCACUGCCCUCGUCAACCACCUUAUUGUCGCCUCUACCCUGGAUAUCACCUGAAACAUGGACUCCAGGAAGAUAAUAGAUAUACUCAGGGGCACUAUAGACCCAAAUUUGCGGCAGCAGGCAGAGGAAGAGCUGACACAGAUGAAAAAAAUAAUUGGAUUUACACCAGCCCUCCUUCAAGUAGUGAUGAUGGGAGAAUUAGAUAUGCCUGUACGUCAAGCAGGAGUAAUUUACUUAAAAAAUAUGGUGGCACAAUACUGGAAGGAUGCAGAGUAUGAGUGUGGUGAACCCAAACCUUUUCAUAUACAUGAACAAGAUCGUGCCAUGAUCCGGGAUGCCAUAGUAGAUGCAGUUGUCCAUGCUCCAGACUUGGUGAGAGUGCAGCUGGCUGUGUGUACAUAUCAGAUGGUGAAACACGACUUCCCAGGAAGAUGGACAACUAUUGUUGAUAAAAUAAGUAUAUACCUCCAGAAUCCAGACACAAGUCUCUGGAAUGGCAGUCUUCUGUGUCUUUAUCAACUUGUAAAAAAUUUUGAAUACAAAAAGAAGGAAGAUAGAGGUCCACUGCACGAGGCAAUGAGAAUGCUACUUCCAAUGUGUUAUGAGAGGAUGGUACACCUACUGCCAGACCCAUCCGAGCAUUCCACACUACUACAAAAACUCGUCCUAAAGAUAUUUUAUGCUCUAACACAGUACCACUUGCCUCUAGAGUUGCUGAGUCGUGAACAGUUCACUGAAUGGAUGGAAGUUAUACGGCAAGUUGCAGAUCGUCUGGUACCAGAUCAGACUUUGCAAGUUGAUGAGGAAGAACGACCAGAUUUACCAUGGUGGAAGAUUAAAAAAUGGGCUCUUCAUAUCCUGGCUAGAAUAUUUGAGAGAUAUGGUUGUCCCAGCACAGUAAGUAAAGAAUACAAGCAGUUUGCCGUUUGGUUUAUCAAAACCUUUACACAAGGCAUUCUCCAGGUACUAAUGAAGAUCCUGGACUUGUAUCGUAAUAAAAUUUACAUCUCGCCUCGGGUGUUGCAGCAAACUCUUCAUUAUUUGGAACAGGGCGUGGGUCAGUCUAUAGCAUGGAAACUUCUGAAGCCUCACAUGUUAUCAGUGGUUCAAGAUGUGCUUUUCCCCCUAAUGUGCUAUUCUGACUCGGAUCAAGAACUAUGGAAUUCAGACCCAUAUGAAUAUGUUAGGGUUAAAUUUGAUAUAUAUGAGGACCUUGUGUCUCCUGUGACAGCAGCCCAGGCGCUCCUUUUAUCUACUGUGCGUAAGAGGAAGGAGAUGCUGGAGAAAACUAUGAUAUUUUUAAUGCAAGUGUUGACUACACCCAAUGUUGAUCCAAGACACAAGGAUGGUGUUAUGCAUAUGAUUGGCACAAUGGGAGGUGUAUUGCUCAAGAAGAAGAUCUACAAGGAUCAGAUGGAAACUAUGAUUGCCCAAUAUGUCUUUCCUGAGUUUCAGAGUCCAUUUGGCUUCAUGAGAGCACGGGCUUGUUGGAUCCUGCAAAACUUUGAUGAGAUUAGAUUCAAAUCGGAUCAAAACAUUAUGGCAGCCAUGAACUGUAUUCAGAAUUCCCUACUCAAUGAUCACGACCUACCAGUCAAGGUAGAAGCAGCUAUGGCUCUUUCAGCUUUCCUCGCCUCUCAAAACAAAGCUGAGAAAAUAGUGGAACCAAAUAUUAGACCAAUUGUUCAAGAACUACUUAAGGUCAUAAAGGAGACUGAAAAUGAUGAUUUAACCAAUGUGAUGUGCAAGAUUGUCACCACCUACGACCAACUGACACCAAUUGCUGUAGAAAUGUGUACUCAAUUAGCAGCAACAUUCCAACAGGUCGUGGAUGCUGAAGAUGGUGCAGAUGAGAAGGCCAUAACAGCCAUGGGCUUGCUUAGCACAAUUGAAACCCUAAUCAACUGCAUGGAAGAGAAUCCUAAAAUAAUGGAACAGAUUGAACCAAUUACACUGCAAGUUGUUGGUCUUAUCCUCACCAAAAAUGUGAUGGAGUUUUAUGAAGAAGCACUUGCACUCAUUUAUAGCCUUACGAGUACAAGAAUCUCUCCAGACCUUUGGAAAUGUUUCGAAAUGAUGUAUCAGAUGUUCCGGAACGAUGGCUUUGACUACUUCACGGAGAUGAUGCCAGCCCUGCAUAAUUACGUAACUGUUGACCCGGAUGCAUUUUUAAGCAACGAGGCUCAUCUUUUGGCAGUAUAUGAAAUGUGCAAGACCAUACUAACGCAGGACUGUUCGGAGGAUGAUGAAUGCCAUGCUGCCAAGCUGCUUGAGGUGGUGGUUCUGCAGUGCCAGGGUCGCAUCAACCAGUGUUUGGGGUCAAUAAUUCAACUGGUAGUAGAGCGACUGCUGCGAGAAGUCAAAACUACAGAGUUGCGCACAAUGCUAUUGCAGGUAGUAAUAGCAACACUGUAUACUGCCCCAGACCCACUCCUACAAGUUCUAGAAUCUACAAUGUUACCCAACACAACAAUAACUCUUACGUCGCACUUCAUCAAGCAGUGGAUUCAUGAUACAGACUGUUUCCUUGGACUUCACGACCGUAAGAUCUGUGUCUUGGGAAUGUGCACAUUGCUUCAACUAGGGCCAGAACGCUUGGGAGUUCUACAGGAGUGCCAUAAGGAAAUUCUUCCAGCUAUGCUCUUGCUGUUCCAGGGUUUAAAAAGAGCUUAUGCAGCAAAAGCCAGUGAAGAGGAUGACGAUGACGACGACGAUGAUGAUGAUGACGAUGAAGAUAUUGAACAUGAAGUGCUAGAGAGUGAUGAAGAUGAAUUGGAUGAUAAUGGUGAUGAGUAUUUGGAAAAGUUGGAAGAGAAAGUAAACAAGGCUUCAGCUACAGCACAGUUUACCAUAAAUACUUGCAUACAGGAUGAUGACGACGACGAUGAUGAUGAGGAAGGUCUGGAUGAAGAAAUGGAUGAAACUGCAUUAGAAUCCUUCACAACUCCAUUGGACAAAGAUGACUGUGAAAUAGAUGAAUACUGGGUUUUCAAAGAAGUCAUGCAGAGUCUAGAGAGCACUGCCCCAGUAUGGUAUCAAGCAUUGACAGGAAGUCUUAAUGCAGAUCAGCGGAAAAUAAUGCUGGAAGUGGCAACACUAGCAGACCAGAGGCAUGCUGCAGCUCAGAGCAAGAAGAUUCAGCAAAGUGGAGGUUAUAAUUUUCAACAAACUGCAGUUCCUUCAAGCUUCAACUUCGGUGGAUCUUUUGGCUCUUAAUGCAAGUGCUCCAAACAGCUUAAGCUGUUUGUUUAUUUUAUUUUAUUUUUAUUUUUUAGUGCCUUAAACAUAUGUUGCAGGCAUGACCGAAGAGUCGUAUAUUUGGACAAUGCAUCAUGAUAUGUCGUUUUAUUCAGUGAUGUAACUCCAUACCUCACCACCUUGUGCAGGUGCUGCAGUAUAGGAUGAAAAUUUGUCUUGUAUAAAGCUCUUUAAGUGUGCACAUGUUUCCUUAAUACUGACAAUAGCCUGCCAUUAAUCCCUGCCCCUCCCUUGUCAAGCUCCUGAAUGAUAUCACUUAUACACUAUCCAAAUUUUGUCUUCCUUUAUAUUUUUCUGUAUUUUUAGUAGUAUUGUUGAUUAUAUUUCCCCUCUAUCACUACCACUUGCAGGGAUGUGCCUGGGUUACUGCUUUGUAAAAGUUGUUUAAAAAAUUGUUAUAUACAGGGUCAUAGGAAUAACCUCUGAUUUAAAGUGUUUUCAUUUCUCAAUGCAACAACCCAGAACAUCCUCUGGUAUUUUUGUCCCCCCUCCCCUUGGCUUUGUUGUCCAUAUCUGCUGUCCCUAAACUGGAGCACAGGAAUGAUCUAUGUACAAAAGAGUAGCCCUGCCUCUUGGAGCUGACCACCAUCUGAUGUUGGUGUUCGGCCAGCUGAGCCACACCAUCCAACAUGCUGCCUCGAGCUAUUAGCAUGUGGAUGGUGUUGCUCAGUCUAGAAGAAGAGACCUAUAAAAAAUACAGUUAGUUCUGUAGGUCGGUGGGGAGCGAGGUGGUCCGGGCUGCUCUCCACAAUAAUCCCUGGAGUGGAUUUAGAUGAUCCUCUCCAUCUGUUGAGUUUUAUUAUGUACCCUCCAGGAUAUAUCUAACUUAAUGAGUUUCUUUAUUUUUUGUGUAAUAUUGUACUCUUUAGUAGGUCUGGGUUUAAAUAUUCACCUUUUACUAUUACUCAUUACUGUGAUUUUUGUGAUUGUAUGAGCCAUUUUACAUCUAUCACCAAUAUUAUUAAACAUUUGUUGAACUAAGCAUUAUAAAGAACAUUCUCUCCCUAAAUCUAGAGUGUUGGUAAGACACUGCUGCACUGUUGAUGCAGUGUUGACUUUCUAUUAAACGGGUAACUGGCGUGCUGUUGAAGACUGCUACGAAUAUACUUUGUUUUGCCAUUUCUAGUGCAAUAUUUUUUUUUUUUUUUUUUUUUUUUUUUUUUUUUAUACAAGAGAAUGCUCCUGCCAGUUCACCCUCUACCUGUUACUUAAUGCAAUCAAACUUUGCCUUUUAAGAUAUUAAAUACGGCUUGGUUAACAAGUCCCGUUAUCAUUUCGUUGACGGUAUUGUGUGAUGGGAUGGUAAGUUCUGGUGGUUUUAAAGUUGAUUAGUUUUGUACAUAAACCUUUGGCCUGUGAUGUUGGCAUUGUAGAAUUGUCUUACUUCCAAUGUAGUAAUUGCAAGAUUAGAGCAAAUGAACAGAAUGCCAGACACGAGCUUUUCUAGUAAAAUUACUAUGCACCGUCGGAUGCCUCAAAUUGUUGAUAAUAUUCGAAUUUGCAUCGGUGCUGGUGAAAUGGUGUUAGCAUAUUCUUCUGUAACCAGAAUAGUUUUCAUGCAACAGUGAUUGGAGUAUAUUUCAUAUGAAUGGUUAAAAUAUCAUGUAUUAGAUGUUGAUCUUAAAGGCAUGUGUGUGUGUGUUUUGCCACUGUUUCUGCAAUAUUUGUGGGAAAGUUGGUCAUGGAUUGGUUUAACAUAAAGCACAGGUAGGAGAAAACCUCGUCUGUCAAAUAUAUUAAAUGUUAACUGCCUUUGUAUUUUUUUUUUUUUUUUUUUUUUUUUUUUUGUUAAAUAUAAUUAGCCACUGGACAGUUUUCUCCUGGUGAUUAAGUGGCUCAGGAAAAUUGUGUUGCAGCUACAUGGUCUUGUUUUGUUGUAAGGAUCAUCCCUGUUUCACUAUGGAGGUGCACACAAUGUAUGCUGCCUCCACACUAUCUAGUCCACUCACUCUGAAACCAUAUUUGUUGAGCUUCUUUAUUAUGGCUUAUUUUGUGUGUAUAUGUAUAUGUAUAUAUAUAUAUAUAUACCAAGGGUGUUCUGUGUUUCUUUUGAAAGGGAAAAGUAAAUUCAAAUAAUUGUUUAUGCGAUGGUAAAGUUUAAAAUAAAACCUCCCUUUCAAGUCUGCACGGGUGAUUUUUGGGGAAUCUUGGCACAACUUGUGUGUCCUGUACAGUAACUUAAUAGGAGCUCAUAAAUUGUGCAGUCUUGCAUUGUGCAGACUGUGCCGACUAUUGAUAUUUUUGAAGGCCAUCUGUGAUAAUCUUUCUUGGAUUGUAUUCAACUAGAUAUUAAUAAAUUUAUAUUUUGGACACAAGUUAAGAUACAUUCACUUUAUAAAAUGGUGAGAUUCUUAACUGUUCUUUGCAAGAGAAAAUGAGCAUAGAUGAAGUGUAGCUUUUAUUACAAUUGUUGUUUUGCCAAUAGAAAUGCUCCAACAAAUCAUUUGAGACUAAUUACGCUACAUGUAUGUUCAGUUCACACAGCACGUUCACAUAGGUGUCCAUCUGGACCCACAGACAUGGUGUUCGAAGUUUUGCUCAUUGUAUUGUAUACCUGCACUAUCCGAUGUGCUUUGUUCAUAUAGUGUUGACAUACUCUCCUGUUUAUGUUGCUCAUGUGGUUUUGUCACACUGCCCAGUGUGUUGGUGUUGUAGCAUUGUCAUACUGUCCAGUGCACAUUCCCAUUUGGAAGUGUCACAGUGGCCUUGGCCUGCAGUAGCUUCAGCUAUGGGCCUUGUAAAUACAAUGGUUAUUGUAAGUAGAAAGAGAGAUUUAUAUUUUUAUACAAGACGCCACCCCUGCGGAGACAACUAGCGUUGCUAGUCGCCGCAUUGACCUCCAUUAGCUGUUGCUAUGGGUCAGUGACGUCCCUGCCUCGUUUGGUUGGUCUUCGAUGCUCAGUACUUCCAGCACAUUAGGGUUACACGGGGAUCAUUAACGUAUAUCAUGUACAUACAUAGGCCUUCAUCAUCAUAGAUUGCUACCAUUCAUUAUUAUAUAAUAGGUAUGUCUGUGGAUCUUUGUAAAAAAAAAAAUAAAUAUUCACCUGUGUGGUUCUUUGAAUUAUCUCUUUUUUUUUUCACUGUAUGAGAACAACAGUUUUGUAUCUAAACUUUGCUCUUAUUACAAGUAGUAAAUGGGCAUUCUUAAGUUUUAACACAUUUUCUCUUGGUCUAACUGUGGAAAAAUUAGUCCCUACCUCUUUAAAAAGUUGGCAUUUGCAGAAUUGCAUUCAGCCUUUGUUUUAAGAUCCCUGUAAUGCAUGUACCAUAGAUGCAUGUGUGUGAUUAUAGGGAGAUAGUGUGUGUGUGUACUGAAAGCAGAGAGAUGACUAGCCAUCAUGGCGGGGCGUGGCAGCCCUCAUGGACACGCGACUAUAUUAGCGCUGCUACGGGUCGCAUUAUUUAUUUUGUUAUUCUCCACUCGUAGGAUAUUGACCACUCAUCAUUGUCGCUUGCUUACUUGUCAUAUCUACCAUUAUGUGGCGACCUUAACGAUUAUAUGAUUUUGUUACUGUCGCCACACUCUUGAUGUCUUUAUUUCAUCUUGUAAUGAUCAUCGUCAUUGGCACCUCCACCAUCUCAUUGUAAUUUUUUUUUCAUGGUCUUGUUGCAGACACUGUAAGAAUCAGUCAUGUUGCUUUAAUAAAAUUAAAAGCGAAAGUUAA